AUGAAGAAGGAAGAGAAGAUUGAGGAGGAACAGAAGAUUGAGGAGGAUCAGAAGAAGCAGGAGGAACAGAAGAAGCAGGAGGAGCAGAAGAAGCAGGAGGAACAGAUGCAGCAGGAGGAACAGAUGCAGCAGGAGGAACAGAAGAAGCAGGAGGAACAGAAGAAGCAGGAGGAACAGAGGAAGCACGAGGAACAGAAGAAUCAGAAAUAA